AUGCCGUGCGGCCCGCGUUCUGCCUUUCAAGCUGGCCUCGCCACGGCCCUCGCUGCCGUCGUCGCUCUCGCGCUCCUCGCAGAGGCCAGCGCGUUGUCCGUUGUAUGCGACUCGCCUUUGCGGUUCGAAGGCCCAGACACAUCAACGCAGUACGCGGACUUGCUUAUCCACGACACUCUGUGCGAAGACGUGGAUCGGAGCUGGUUCGUGGAUGGGACUCAGAUCAACGCCAAGAUCUCGUGGGGCGGCUUCCGUUAUUUCGAUAACAAGUGCAGCAGCAUCGCCUUCUACUCCACGCCGGGCUGCGCGGGAGGUCCCUACUUGACGUACCUGCGUCCUCCGUCGAACAGCCAAUUCGUGGAUUAUUCCUUCACGGAGUGGUCGCUCCCUGCCGCCGCGUUGCCAGCGGCAGUGAGAUGCGAGACUGGCUGCAGUGAGCCCUGUGGGUCAGAUGCUACGUGCAUCAGGAGGGACGGCCAGGACCAGUGUGUGUGCCCUGGGUCUCAGCUCUACGACAGCAAUGAGAAGCAGUGCCGCGAUGGCUGUGAGGAUUGCGGUGCGGUCGCUCGGUGCACUGUGAGGGACGGCACAGCGCAGUGCGUGUGCCCUGGGGACCUCCCUUUCAUCGCCGCUACCAAGACAUGCCAAGAGCCCAAUGCCGCACCGCCAUCCUGUGCGACCCAGGGGUGUCCUUCCAACUUUACUUGCAAUGUUAAUCUCAGCCCUCCCACAUGCGUCUGCAUUGAUGGGCUUCAGCUCCAGAACAACCAGUGCGUUGCCCUCAACCCCGAGCCAUCCGUGAAUCCCGAGCCAUCCGUGAAUCCCGAGCCAUCCGUGAAUCCCGAGCCAUCCGUGAAUCCCGA